UAUCAAGCACACAAGAAGUGAAAAGUUGAAUAGAGAGAGAGAAAGGGUGAUUCCGUGCCCCAUAAACCUAUCUCCAUCCAUCACCAGUGUGAGUAGGUGACUUGUUCCUCUUCCUUCUUCUCCUCGAUUUGAUAUAUCGUUCCUCCUUAUCUCUCCCUCUCUCUUCUCUGUCUUCUACUUUUAUUUGGCAGUAAAAUGACAGUAGUGUAUCAGUUGCAGUGCAGGAAAAGAGGGGGAGAGUUUUCAUUGGGAACGUAAAAGCUAGCCUUUGUUUGUACCACUCUCUUCACUUCUCUUGUACAACUCCAGUUCAUCACUACCGCUCUCUCUGUAUGCCCCGCGUGCACUCCUCUGCUCCUACCUUCACCCUUUCUACCUCACUCCUCGUUCUCACCAACCUUAUAUCAUAGUUAAUGCUCCAAUGGUUGGUUAGAAAGUAACUUAGAAAGAUUAAUUAACUCUCAUUUCUGCAAGCAAUUUUGUGCAGGCUUUGUCAGAUUACUCAAAGGGGGAAAAACCAAACCCCUUCAAAGACAACUCAUGUUGCUGUAGCUUCCACUAUCACUAUUUUGGAACUUCCGUGAAAAGUUCUGAAACUCAUACCCAUAAAACCCGGGAGAGCCCCCAAGACAAACAACCAUCUUCUGAGACUUCCAUAAAAAAUGACAUAAAGAGAGUAAAUAACAAGAAGGCUAGUGAGUGAUUGAACUAGUGAAUGAGUGUGCAUGUGCUUUGUUGAGGAGUUAUUAAUUAGUAGCUAGAAGAUGGAGGGUAGUUCUAGUGUGAUGAUGGGUUUUGGAGAGAACAAUAACAAUAGUGGGAUUUAUCCUAUGACCAUGAUGCCUGCUUUCAUGAAUUCUAGCACUCUUAACAACCCUAAUCAAGACACAACAAACAGUUUCUUCUUCCCCAUGCCUUGCACUAGUAAUCAUGAUCCUAACCCUAACAACCUCAACACCAACACCAACAACAACACAGGGUUAGGGCAAUAUUUCAUGGAGGAUCAGAUCAACCACAACAUCAACAAAGAUGGAAGCUCUUCUACUUCUGCUGCUGCUGUGAAGGCCAAGAUCAUGGCUCAUCCUCACUAUCAACGUCUUCUAGCAGCCUACGUCAAUUGUCAAAAGAUUGGGGCUCCGCCUGAAGUAGUGGCAAGGUUAGAAGAAGCAUGUGCAUCUGCGGCGGCGAUGGCCGGUGUUUCAGGUGGGACAGCAUGCAUCGGUGAGGAUCCGUCGUUGGAUCAGUUCAUGGAGGCUUACUGUGAGAUGCUGAUAAAGUACCAGCAAGAGCUCUCUAAACCCUUCAAGGAAGCCAUGCUCUUCCUUCAAAGAAUCGAGUGCCAGCUCAACUCUCUUGCCAUUUCUUCUGAUUUUGCUUGUGCUGAAGCUACCGAUAGGAUUGGAUCAUCAGAGAAUGUUGAUCUACACAAUAACAUGAUAGAUCCCCAGGUAGAGGACCAAGAACUGAAGGUUCAACUUCUUCACAAGUACAGUGGAUACCUAGGCAAUUUGAAGCAGGAAUUCAUGAAGAAGAGAAAAAAAGGCAAGCUGCCUAAAGAAGCAAGGCAACAAUUACUUGAAUGGUGGAGCAGACAUUACAAAUGGCCUUACCCAUCGGAAUCACAGAAGCUUGCGCUUGCAGAGGCAACAGGUCUGGAUCAGAAGCAAAUUAACAACUGGUUUAUCAAUCAGAGGAAACGGCACUGGAAACCUUCUGAUGACAUGCAAUUUAUGGUGAUGGAACCAAGCCACCCACACCAGUACAUGAACAGUACUGUUCUGGGCAAUCACUUUCCCAUGGAUCUCUCCCACACAAUGCUCUGAAAAUAUUUUGGUGCUUCUGAUCCGAAUGGCUAUAUAUUAUUUCACAAUGCAGGCAUAUAAUUUGAAAACACGUAGUAAUUAUGUUUCUUUAACUAGUAAGGCUAUAUAGCUAUUUCAAAGUAUGUUACAUGUUUAUGUUUUUAUAAAAAAGUCUUUUGUAGCUUAAGUCUAUGCCUGAUCCCCUUGAGAAAUUAUCCGGUUCGAAUUUAGUCCCAUGUUCAUGGCUCCAAAUAAGUUUGUCUUUGAAAGUGUAC